CUCACAAUUCCCACUACUACUUACUUACCGAGUACUACCACUACUCAAUCCCCUAAUUAGGUACAGAGUACAAAGUACCUACCUUCAACCUGUCUAGUGCUCUUCGAGACUGGCUAGAUAGAUAGGUUGAAUAUUCAUUAACUACUAGUAUGGAGUACUACCACUUGCCUUCAGCCAUAUUCGACCCGCUUCCUGCAGCGUGUGCAAUGCUGGGCCGAUGUGACAGGACAGGGGUCUGGCUUCCCCAUCGGGUGGAGCCGGACGCCCAACUAAUCACCGGGCCUCGUUUAGGUAACACGAAGCCAAAAGAGUCCUUGUAUCACCGCCUCGGCCACGAGACUAAUUCUGGCCAUCACCACCAUCCAUGCAUCUCAAUUCUGCUAGUUGACAGGGAUGCUUGGGCCUGACCGGGGGGAUUUGCUCGUGCAGUAUUGGGCCAUGUGCUUUCAUUUACCUGACACGGGGGCCCCUUUAGCACCUGCCUGUCCCGGUAUAGAUCCGGUGGUGACCCCAUCCAUCACGGCCAGACUUGGGGCCUUGGACGCUGCCAUCUCGUUCGCCUGGAGCAUGGGCCAUGAAGCGAUCUUUCUUCACCCUGGCGCCAACUAACCUUCUUUGAGAAGUUCAAAUCACAGUUCACCCUCCUUCUAUCUAUCUAGCCCAAUGCUUGACGAAAGUGCCGCCCCUGCAGCUGCUGAAUGAUGUCCUCCCCGACGCUGCCAGCCUCGACUAAUCCUAGUAUCUCCGGAUGGAUCCCACCUGCCGCUCGUGGGCCAGACCUUGAGAAAUCUGCACCGUGCUCACUCGAUUAGAUUAACACCC